ACAGCCCUGAUUUUGUUCUGCGGUGCUGCUUAAUUAAAAACUAGUUUAAGGUGUCCUGCAUAUGUGAUAUGUUUUUUUUCUUAAAUGAAGUCAUUCUUUUUUGAACAAAACUCAAAACACAGCCUAAUAAAUCUUUAAGUCAUUUCUAACCCCCCCACACACACACACACACAUGCACACGCGUACUACCCUUCAGGGCUAAGCCCCGGGUGUACAAAGUGUCUGUCUCCGCCUCUGCUGUAGCUUAUUUCAUACACGCCCAGAGGUGAACUUGAGAUAAAGCUGUGAGAGCGACAGUCCUACAAUUUGAUGUGAACCAAGGAUGUCGACGAGUGAGGACCCAGAGAUAGUUAUAAUAGGAUGUGGAGUAUCGGGUAUAGCAGCGGCUCACCGGCUUGUCGAAGCUGGAUAUCGUCAUGUGCGGAUACUUGAGGCGACUGGAAGAAGCGGGGGACGAAUAAAAACGGCAGCUCUGGGUAACACCAUUACAGAGAUUGGUGCAGCUUACAUUCAUGGCCCAUCUGAGAAGAACCCAUUGUUUUGUCUGGCUCGUGACUAUGGCCUCUUGCCUCCAGAAGCCCUCAAUCCAGAGAACCAGGCCGUAGACGUGGAUGAAGAUCCUCCCUUGGUCCCCAACUGGUUCAGCAGUUCAGGUCAGAGGCUGAGUGCAGAAAGCAUGGAACCAGCUGAGGAGCUGUUUCGUGAGAUUUUGGAUAACGCUUCAAAAUUUCAAAAUCCCCAAAACACAUCCUGGAAGAGUUUAGGACAUUUCAUGCGAACAAAGGCGCAGGACCAAGCAGCAGGAAGGUGGAAAGAUGAGGAUGAAACCACCAGGCAGCUGCUUCUCUCUGCCUUCAGUACUAUGCUGAAGUUUGAGUGCUGUGGAAGUGCCACUCAUAGCAUGGAUGACAUAGACCUGGCAGGGUUUUCUAUGUUUGAGAGCCUACGUGGCGUGGACUGCACGCUUCCAAGAACUCCCUCUGAUUUGGUGACCUACAAUUGCCCUGUGCGCUGUGUCCACUGGAGCAACACAGAGGGUGGCUUAAGUCCUGUGACGGUUGAGUGUGAGAAUGGGGAGAGGAUUGCUGCUGAUCACGUUAUUGUCACUGUGCCCUUAGGAUAUCUGAAGAAGCACCACUCCACUCUGUUCCACCCUCCUCUCCCGGCCCACAAGCUGAAGUCAAUCAAGACACUAGGAUUUGGAACAUGUGACAAAAUAUUUGUGGAGUUUGAAUCGCCGUGGUGGGAUGCUGAUUGUGAUAUCAUCUACCUCGUGUGGGAAGACGAGGCGACUGUGUCAGACCAAGUGUCAGAUGUGAGUAAAUCCUGGAUAAGGAAGUUGGUGACAUUCACUGUGCAUAAACCUUCUGAAAAGGGUAGCCAUGUUCUGUGCGGCUGGAUUUGUGGCCAUGAGGCAGAGUAUAUGGAGACACUUCCUGAGGAGAAAGUGAGAGAAUCAAUCACAAAGCUCGUCCGUACAUUCACAGGUAACGGCACCAUCACACCAAAGAGAAUCCUGUGUUCCCGGUGGUUCACUGAUCCCUGGACAUACGGUUCCUACUGUCACCCAGCCAUAGGCUGUACAGCCGAGGACCUGAAGAACAUGAUGGAACCUCUGCCUUCACAGGAAACUCUGUCACAGCCCCUGCAGGUGUUGUUUGCCGGAGAGGCAACCCAUCCUUACUUUUACUCCACCGUCCAUGGAGCAAUUCUCACUGGGUGGAGAGAAGCAGAUAGACUCAUCUCUCACUACUAGGCUUCUGUUAGCCCAUGAAUUCCCUGUAAUCUAAGAAAUUUAAAGAUAAAGACUUUUCCUUUAGCUUUUUUUUUUUUUUUUUACUAAAAAACAAUCAGAUAAGUCUUUUAUCUUUUCUGACUGCUCUUUAGUCAGAUAAGAUAAAAGACAAAUCUUAUCUGUGUCUUAUCUGGUGACACUGAGUAAUCAUAGUGGUUGUCUGUUCACACUAAAACCACAGUGCUGAAUAUGGGAAAAAAGAGGGCUUGUGGCAUAGUUAUGUUGAAAUCUGGAGUUCCACUCCUUAUCUGGGUUUAAAGGUUGACACAUUACAUUAUACAUUAGUCAUUGCUAACAUGUUGCCAAGGGAACUUUUACUGGUGGGGUUGUUGGUAAUAUUAAUACAAGUAAAAUUAUGUUUUGUUGUGAUUUUAAAAAUAAGAAUAUGCACAAACUGAAUCAACAACAGCCAACAAUUUUAAUAAAAAUAUCAAAGAAUAAGAGCACUGAACAAUUUUAGUGUAUUAUGAACAAAUAAGACACAGCCAACCAUGGCAUACCAUAAAAGCGACCGGUAGAUCACAAGUGACUUAAUCGCUACAGGCAAGCAGUAGUUGGGCAGGUGCUUGGAUAAAAUU